AUUUUGAAAUCGGGGUACCCGGAUGUGAGGCAGAUGUUAGCUUUGUUCGGCGGCGCUAACGCUUUAAGCGCAGGACGUGUUCCAGUCAUUCAGCGCGGUUUAUUAAUAAUACAAGACUAAAUACAUCCAGAUCAGAGAUGUUUUACCAUAUUUCUCUGGAACAUGAAAUCCUUCUUCAUCCUCGAUACUUCGGUCCAAACCUCUUGAACACAGUCAAACAGAAGCUCUUCACAGAGGUGGAAGGCACAUGUACAGGAAAGUAUGGGUUUGUCAUCGCAGUGACCACAAUUGAUAACAUAGGGGCAGGUGUUAUACAGCCAGGACGAGGGUUUGUGCUGUACCCUGUCAAAUACAAGGCCAUCGUAUUCCGGCCCUUCAAAGGGGAAGUGGUGGAUGCUGUUGUCACUCAGGUUAACAAGGUUGGAUUGUUUACAGAAAUCGGGCCAAUGUCUUGUUUUAUUUCACGCCAUUCUAUACCCUCAGAAAUGGAAUUUGACCCAAACUCUAAUCCCCCCUGCUACAAGACAGUGGAUGAGGAUAUUGUUAUCCAACAAGAUGAUGAAAUCCGAUUGAAGAUUGUGGGUACUCGAGUGGACAAGAACGAUAUUUUUGCCAUUGGCUCCCUCAUGGAUGAUUACCUGGGUCUUGUGAGCUGAAUGAUCUCUGAAAUAAUCCAGAGGACUUUUACAUUCUCGGACAUUUUUUUGUACAUAGUUCAAUAUACAGUGUAGAAUCUAGAAUACAAAUGUUCCUGUGAUUUAUUUUUUCCCCACAGUAGUCUAUGCUAAAUUGUACUUUUUUGUUUAUUAAUUUGCUCAUGAGAGUUAUAAGAGUAUUCCUUCCCUGUGUAUUUGCUUUGGCCAUAUUUUACACAAUUGGUAUCUCCAAUGUUACACAGAAAUGAAUGUUCAAUUUAUGUGCGUUUUUUAAUCAUUGGUAGUGUCUAUAUAAUGUCACACAAAAAAAAAAUCUGAUCAAACCAGAUUAAGAACUUUGUGUCCCAGCCAAAGACAUUAAACCAGUUUGAUCCAGCCAGCUUUACUCAGAAUUACCAGGGAAAACUGUAUAUAUUUUUUUUUUAUAAAAAGAAAAUCUCAAGAAAAA